UAAUUAAGAAGAAGAAUAUCGAGAGUAAAUGUCAGUUGUCAAUAAGUGGCUUAAAUGUCAAUCGUUCACUUGAAGUUUUUUACUGUGGAUUAACUUUGAAUUUAAUUAAGUUGUCAAACUUAGUUUGGUGAAUAUGUUAACCAAAAGUCUUAUAAUGAGUUCUUUCGCUUCGACCUUAAAACUUAUCUCUGAAAAUGUCUAAAAUAAAACGAAAAAUCACCGUGAACCUCACGACAAAGAGUAAAACACUCACAAAGACUCGUCCCAGCGUUUUCGAACGUCUCGGCACCAAGGCGACCGCCACUGCCAAGGAGUACUGCCAUCAUUGGGCUCAGAGCGGUUCCUGUCCUUACGGGAAGGGAUGCAAGUAUUCGGCUACUCAUACCCUGAUCAGCCCAUCAAAGCAGCGAGCAGCAAAAACGCAGAGCAUCGCCCCCAAACGCAGGCAUGCUAAGGAUGGACACAAGAGACCGCCUCAACAGAAGCCGCCGCAGACGCAUGAAGAGUGGGAGCAGUGGGACCCUGAUGAAUUAGAAGACGCAGAUCCUGAUGACCUAGAGAAGCGUCGCCAGGAGUUGCAGAGGGAGCUCGAGCUUCAGAUGAAAAUGGAAAGUAAGGCAAAAAAAAAGGAGAAGAAAGUGAAAAAAGAUAGCAGCCCUAGUAGUGAUAGUUCUAGUUCAAGUUCAGAAUCAAGUUCUAGUAGCGAAGAGUCAAGCUCAUCUAGUUCUAGCUCUGCCGAGGCCAGGCACAAGAAGAUUAAGAAGCCAAAGAUGAAAAGGAAUACCUCCUCAUCUUCAGAUGAUAGAGCCCAUAAUAAGCACAAACUCAAGACUAAACGUAAUUCGAGUAAAUCUGCUACUAGAGAGAAGCAGCCAAAGAAGUGUGUCAAGCCAGUUGUCAAGGCCAAGUCUCCUUCUCCCACGAGGCAGAGGAAGAAGUCCGAAACCCCCCCACUGAAGGGAAAAACAAGCUCCGCCAGUAAGAAACUGAGUACGGAGAAGUCUCCAAGACCCCACAGUCGCACAAGCGUGAAGUCAUCUACGAAGGAAAAACAUCGAACCCCUUCACCUAAGCCUUCCAAGGAAAAAGAGCGUGAAAAAGAAAGAGAACGCGAAAGGGAGCGUGAAAAGGAAAGGGAACGGGAACGAGAAAGGGAGCGUGAAAGAGAGAAGGAACGAGAAAGGGAAAGGGAAAAAGAACGAGAACGUGAGAGGGCCAAGGAACGUGCGAAAGAAAGGGAGCGAGAGAAAGAAAAAGAAUACAAAAAGAAGGAAGCAACUAGGUCACCUAAGAGAGAUAGUAGGACUGCAAAGGAUACCAGAAAGAUGGAUACUCCUGACUCUUCACAUUCUAGAGAUAGGAAGAUGUCACCAGGUAGAGGAAAAACGAGCAGCACUAGCAGAAGGGAUCAUAAAAGUCCUGCCAAAGAUGACAGGAGAAGUGAUAAAAGGGAUGACAGAGGAAGAUCUCGUGGCAAAGACAGUAGAUCUUCCGGUUGUGACAAGAGCCGCCCCAAAGACUCCAGUUCGAGUAAAAGAGACUCACGUGAUAGAGAUAAUUACGGGAAAACUACGACAGUAGAUCUUCCGGUUGUGACAAGAGCCGCCCCAAAGACUCCAGUUCGAGUAAAAGAGACUCACGUGAUAGAGAUAAUUACGGGAAAACUACGAUCUCGUGGCAAAGACAGUAGAUCUUCCGGUUGUGACAAGAGCCGCCCCAAAGACUCCAGUUCGAGUAAAAGAGACUCACGUGAUAGAGAUAGGGAACGCGAACGCGAGCGAGAAAGACGGUUAGCCAGAGAGGAGAGAGAGGCGGCUCGCGAAAAAGAGCGAGAGGAAGCACUGGCCAGGUGCCAGGAGAGACAGAGAGAGCGUGAGAGGUUGAAAGAGCUGCAGAAGAAGGAGGAGGAGCAACGAAGAAGGGAGAGGUCAAGGAGGGAGGACAGGGGGCUCGAUAAGCCUUCAGGAGAUCGAGUCGAGCGUCUUUUGCCGCCGCCGGAGGAGCGGGUGCCUCCUUCCCGAAGAGCGCACUCUUCAGAGCGAGACAGAUCCGACCGUAACCGAGGGAGUGACAGGCAUGACCGGCGCUCCCCGGAGCAUUCUAGCCGCAAGUCAUCUGAUCGGAGGUCAGAUUUGGACAAAGAUAGAUCGUAUGACAGAGGUUACGAUAGAAAUCGUGAAAGAGAACACGAAAGGGCUGAUAGGGAUUAUGGUAGUGGACAUAGAGGAGAUAGAGACAAAGAUUAUGGCAGUCCAUAUGACAGAAAUGCUCGCCACGAAGAUAGAAGGUAUCUGGACAUCGACGAUCACUACGUAGAAGGUGUGAGAGAUGAUUCUAGAUUAUAUGGGGAUGAGAGAAGGGGAAGAAGAGAUUUGUGGGAUAUGAGAGAAGACAGGGGUGAUCCUGAAAGAGAUAGAGAAUUAGACCAUCGUCAAAGGUAUGGCAGAGAAGAGAGUUUAAAGGGUGGUCGAGAGGGGGAUUGGGAUCGGGAAUAUCAGGCGGCUGAACACGAUUGGGGGAGUGACAGAAAUAGGAGACCAAUCGAGUGGGACAACAGGGAUACUUGGGAUAGCCUUGAUCAUAAACAGGUGGAAGAAGAAUGGAGGCACUACAACCGUUCAAUGGAUAGCUGGUCAACGGAUGACAGGAGACGUUGGCAGGCAGAUUGGAGAGAAAGGGAAAGGGAGAGAUCAAGACCCAGAAGUGCAGCAUCCCAUCAUAUCGAGACCAUUUCUACGUCUAUUCCGCCAUCGGAAGACUCGAAUCUCGAAUCUAGAAGAAAAGAACCAACGCUCGUUUCAGUUCCGCGCCAGGAUCAGCAGGAAUCCAAAGCAAUUCCCUCAGUCUCGGAUGCUGUUGAAACAGCUGUCGUCAAGGAAUCGGUGUCUCAGAAACGUCCGGCCGAAGAUAACCUGGACAGUCAAAGUAGCUCCAAGAAGAUGUGCAAGACAGAACCCCAACCGGUCCUAGAAGAUGACUUAAGUGAGAUUAGCGAUGAUGCAGAUGAGAUUCUGAAUAGGGAUGAGGAAAUACAAGAGUUCAUGGAGGAGGGUUCAGCUUCUGUUGCUCAACUGGAACCGUCAACCGUUGACACUGCAUCUCUGAAAGACCAGAACACUUCGACUACCUCCCAGAGAUCUCAGUCCCCCCCUCCAAAAUCUCCUUCGAAGAUUGUUCCAAAGGAGGAAUCCAUCGACGAAGAGAACAUGGAUCUCGAUUUUGAGGAGAUUUCUGAGGAUGAGUUAGAAGAAGAAUCUAAAGUAAAGGGGCUCGGAGAUGCUUUAGGUGUUGAUUGGGCCAGUUUGGUAGCCGAAUCCAGGCCUCGGGUGAAUCCUGUGAGUUCUGCAAAGCUCAGAUGGGAGAGUCACAAUGUUUUGGUACAUUUGGGGAUAUCUGUGGCACUUGCAGGUGAAGAUAUCGUUAAAAACAUCCUCAAAAGGCACGCUGAAGCCGAACAACUCCAACAACAAGCUGAAUCCGUUAAAACAGAAGAUGCUGGCAUCAAAAUCAAAGAGGAACCUCAAGAAAUGCUCAACGGGAUCAAGCAAGAACCAAAAGAUGAAGAGUUGAAAGAAGAGGAGUCGAACCCCCACCUCGAAACCGAAGAGAAAGAAGUAGUCAUCUCCCAUCCCAUCGCAAUAAUUCAAGUCGCGGACCGAGAAAAGCAGGCAAUGAGAAAGGCACUCUUCACUGGCGUGGGGCCGCACAGAAGAGCUUUGUCUGCAAGGAGGGACCUCACUAUUAGAAGGCAUUUGAGUAACUUGCCAAUGACAGAUUUGUAUAUGGAAGCUCCUAAGAGGCAUGAUCCAGAGUUACUAAAGGUUGCCACUCAGCUGUUUGAGAGAUGUUUAUAGUUUGUAUUUGUUAAUUUGUGAUUAAAUGAAUGAAUUUUCGUUACAUGAA